ACCGCAAGCUAAGAUUACACAUUGUAGUUCCGACGCUUUCACAGGCGUUUUGCCCGACUUGCUGUAAGAGCAGGAAGAAGAAAGCUUUACCAUAACUUCUUAACCUGGACAGGAAGGACGUAGACUCAGUGUUCAGUGUUCACCUGUCCCACCUAUGAAGGUGACUCUGCUCUGCCAGACUCUUGCGUAACCAUAAUAUUGCAAUAGCUGAUUUCCGGGUAAGGACUUGAAAAGAUAUGAUUUGAAAACAAGGACAUGGAAUUAAGUGUUUUAAACCAAUCCGACAACAAUAACGACAAAGACGAAAGUAGAAUUGAGGUUUGCCCAGGUAAUGGAAGCUGCUCUGACCACAACAUGCAGAAUGCCACAGAAGACAUUGGGUUACUGUCAGAUGCACAGGGUGCUGAGAGAAAUGGUGCUCACUAUAUUGUGAGGAAUCUCCCAGAUGACUCAUCAGGGCAAUCUUCUGAUAAGCCCCUGGGAAAUCUUGGCAGAUUGAAAAAUGAGCUGAGGGAACCAGUCUGUUGGAAGCUUAAAGUGUGGAUGCUCAUUCUAAUCAUCUUCACUGUAAUCAUCCUUGCCAUCUUCCUGUCUAUUUAUUUCUGCUCAGUUCCUCAAAAGGAUGUGGAUGACGAAUACAACAUUAAAGAAUUUAUCAUACCACGCUUCUUUAGAGGGAAUUUUACACUUCUUAACAAGCACUCAACACUAGAUGCAGAAGCACAGUCUGAGCUUGAACAAAAGCUGACUCAUAUCUACACAUCCUCUUAUGCCCUGGGCCGGUACUUCUCCAUUGCUCAAGUUAACCCACUGAGAAACAGCAAUUUUAGUGUUGAGUACAACCUGACAUUUAUGAUGCCUACAGAGCACCAGCAGAUUAUAGAAUACACUUUGAGCAAAGAGAUGGUGUACAGUGUGCUUCUGCAACAGCUGUCUGACGUGGAUCCUGGGUUGGACCCACUUUAUAUCGAUCCGACUUCACUUAUGAUGGAAGUUGGGAGUUAAAUGAGCUGAAUUAAAGCCACAAAGUGCAAAUUUUGACAUGCUGAAUAUGACGACACGACGACACCUUCAGUACGGUCUUGAGAUUCUGCAUGUGCCUGUCCUUACACUGGAUCCACUGUUUUAAGAUAUGUUAUUGAAGCCACUUAAAUUUAAUAAGGACACGCUCCUCAAACAGGUACAUGCACAAGACCACAUAACUGAUGGUCUUGUCAGGUAUUAGAAAAGGAAGUCUGUUCAAGGUUUAUAUUUACCUUUUAUAUUUUAUAUAUUAUAUAUCUUAUCAGACACAUAUUGUGAUUAUCUUUUGGGACUGGAACUCUGGAUCUAAAGUCAACUAACAUUUCCACCCUGUUCUUUUUUUAUUACACGGUUUUGACCUGUCCAUAUUGAGACACUUUUGUAUCUGUAGCAUGUCGUGUUUGUUAAGGUGUCACAAGGGGGCGCUAUUUCUUCAUAUGACACCGUCAGUUUCAACAGCCUUUUCGAGCUCCCUGUAAACGCAUUAAUUUAUUAUUAUAUAUUAUAAUAUAUUUUGGCAGGUGUGUUUGGACUGGAUAUAUUUUGUUUUUCUUUUGCAAUGUGUGAAAAUGGCAGUUAUACAUUUUUGAGGGAUUUGUAUGUUUGUACAAAACAUAAAAUUAAAUAGUAGAUAUUUUACAAGCAUGUAGCUUAUUACGUUUUAAUUCCCCCAAAAGAUAAUAGUGAGCUGUAAAAGUAGCGGAGGAUAUAAUGAGGGUCAACAAAAGUAUUACAGUGCAUAUUGCUCCCCACAAAAGAAUAAGAUCAUUUUAAUCAGAUUUCCUGGGAUUCGUUGCAUAAAACUACUCAGAAAAUGUAAAUUAGCCUUUGCUUUUAAUUGUAUUAAAUAGUACUUGGGGUCAACCAUCCAGUGUGAAAAUGAGGUGAAGAGGCGAGUACAGGUGUGUUAGAGUGGGUGGAGAAAAGAGAGUGAGUGUUGUGUGACAGAAGAGUGUCAGAGAGAAUCAAAGGAAAGGUAUACAAGACAGAAGUGAGAGCAGCUUUGCUGUAUGGGUUAGAGACUGUAGCAGUGAGGAAAAGACAUGAGGCAGAGAUGGAGGUAGCAGAGAUGAGGAUGUUGAGGUUCUCUUUAGGAAUGAUGAGGAUGGACAGGAUUAGGAACGAGCACAUCAGUGGGAUAGCUCAGGUUGGCUGUGUCGGGGACAAGGUCAGAGAGGAUAGAUUGAGACGGUUUGGAAAGAAGAGGGAGAGUGAUUAUAUUGGUAGAAGGAUGUUGGAGAUGGAGCUGCCAGGUAAGUGGUCAAGAGGAAGGUUAAGAGGAGAUAUAUGUAUGUGUUAAAAGAGGACAUGAAGGUAAUUCUUGCGAGAGUAGAGGAUGCUGAGGAUAGAAUUAGGUGGAAAGAGAUGAUUCUGUGGUGACCCCUAAAGGGAAAAGUAGAAAAAGAAGAUUGCUUUUAAAUUACCAGUUAAAAUCCCAUAACAAAAUGUCACUCAUACAUUGUGAGCAAAAUCAGUUGUGGUGUUUGUGCAACAUUUCUCUUUGUAAUACUCAUUAUCCAGAGAUGGAACAUGAUUAACUCCAAUCGUUUAUUUUGAUGCCCAGUGUGUGAUGAUUCAGGCAGGCAGGAUAUAAGCAGGAUAUUUUUUUUAUUAACUUUAUGUACUUACAGCUUCAGAGUAAUUCUAAAGACUCAAAGCUCUGAUGCUAAACAUGUCCUGAAUAACUGAAUAAUUGUGAGAGAAGGAGAACACUGUACACAAUUAAUUUUUGGUUGAUCUGCUGAUGCGUCAUGACCCUGGUGCAUCUUUUCCUAACUCUGCACCUGGAAAAUCGCAGCAUUGAAUAUAUUUGUGUAUUAGAAGUGUAUCCUAGCUAAAAUGUUUUGUCUUGCUUAAGGCAGAGUAAAUCUAGUUUCUAAUGAAGCUCUUAACAAGAUCACCACUGAACUCAAGCUGUUACUUUCAUCAUACAGCAGUGACUACAUUUGGAGCAUGUGACCAAGGAGUUCUGAUGUAUUCAGUUUCAUAUCAAUUUUUUGGCUUUAUUCUGUUCAUUGGCUGUCCCUUGUUAUAAAACAAUGACGUUAAAUAGAAAAAAAAACAUUUUUUUUUGCCAUAAAGCCUGUUUAUUUUAUUACUUUCACUGAUUUAAAACUUGAUUGAUGAUUCUCUCUCUCUCUCACACACACACACACACACACACACAACACACACGCACACAAUUUGUUUUACUAUCCUUGUGAGGACUUUAUCAUAACAUGGCAUUAUUAUUAUUAUUAUUAUUUAUUAUUAUUAUUAUUAUUAUUAUUAUUAUUAUUUAUUAUUAUUAUUGUUGUUGUUUUUCAUUCAUUCAUUUAAUGAACAAAAGGCACCUUUUAAUGAUUUCUGUCAUUUUUGUCAAACGUCGAUAGGACUUGCACUAUAUAAAAACAUAACCUCACAUAACACCCAAUACACACACAUCGAAUACUGUUAAAAGAAAAACAAAAACAAACUCUGAUUACAUUAGCAUAUAUUUAGCAGGUUAAUUGUUAAUAUCCUUCACACAGUGUGUCAGCAUGACCAAAACCUUCUGAGAAACGCUGUUCAGUGUCGGGUUCAGAGUCAGUCAUUAAUCAACCCACCUCUUAGUGAACUUUAAUGCCUCACUAGUGACUCGCAUUGUGAGCACCAGAUUUUCCACUGCAUGCCUAGAGGUCUACUUUUCUGUUUGUGGUUUUGAAUAAAAAUGUAUGGUUGGAUUAAUAUGUGAAAUAAUA